GCUCCACUCUUCUGAGGUUAUUUCACAGAAACACGCUGAGACACAGGGUGAGGUGAUGCGGCUGAUCAGAGAGACUUUCCAGCUCCUGGCCCUCAUCUCUCUCACCACUUUUUCCGUCUUGCUCCGGGCACUGCCAACUGGCAAACUGCAGCCUCGCAGUCAGCGGGGAAGCAGCAGCAGCAGCACAGGAGCCGAGGUCAAAAGCCAUUCAAUGCCAAGGUCGACUCAGGGGCCCGAGGAAAGCAACAAGCUGGAGAGUUGGAAGCAGAACAGCCAGCAACACAAGCACCGGUGGCCACCUCAACAGGCACAGGGCACUCAGGCACAGCCAAAAUUUGGGUCCAACCUGGAGGAAGUGGAUCCUUUCGUCCUGGACCUGAAGAAUUUCCCUGAUCUGACAAACGCAGACCUUAAUGCUCAGAACCCAAAUAUUCAGGUCACCAUUGAGGUGGUGGAUGAUCCUCAGGCAGAAAUUGAGAUGGAUCUCCUGAAGGGGAACCGCAACGACUGGUCCAUAUCCUCAGCAGAAUGGCUGUCUUACAAAGACAUCUUCUGGCCUUUGUUUUGGGAGUAUCCAGACUCAACCGAAGUUGGCAGCUUGGAUUCCUCAAACGUGAUGGACAGUGAUGAAGAGGAUGAUUACACUGUUGAGUACGAAGGAGAAGACACGGUCCUCACCACCUUGGAUGGCGUCUGGGAAAGGAGCUGGCCUUUGCAAAAGAGUUGGUCCUCCAAAGAGAAUUUUAACAAUGAAUAUGAGGAUAAUGAAGACUGGAGUGCUUGGUCCCCCUGCACUGUGACAUGCGGCACUGGGAACCAGAAACGCACCAAGUCCUGUGGCUAUGCCUGCACUGCAACAGAGUCACGGACCUGUGAUCUGAAAAGGUGCCCAGGGAUGGAAGAUGAUCUGAAUGCAGCAACUAAAAAAUCUCUGGGGGAGAAAGAAAAUAGAACAGAGUUGUUUGACUCAGAAGUAGACAGCUGUGACAAAUGGCUGAACUGCAAGAGCGAAUUCCUGAAGAAGUACCUCAUGAAGGCGCUGGCCGACUUACCGAGCUGCCCUUGUACCUACCCGACCGAAGCGGUGUACAGUGUUGUCAGCGUCCGCGAAGACGGCAAAGGUAGGUUUUUCAGGUGGCGGGACGCGAGCGGGCCCAAAGAGCGCCUCGACAUCUACAAACCCAGCUCCAAGUUCUGCAUCCGCUCCAUGCUGUCCCUGGACAGCGCCACAUUGGCGGCGCAGCACUGUUGCUAUGACGACCAGAUGCGGCUGAUCACGAGGGGCAAGGGCGCGGGGGCGCCAAACCUGAUCAGCACGGAGUUCUCACCCGAGCUUCACUACAAGGUGGACGUGUUGCCAUGGAUACUGUGCAAAGGGGACUGGAGCCGGUACAACGCCGUGAGGCCGCCCAACAACGGCCUCAACUGCUCCGAGAACCCUCUGGAAGACGACUUCGCGGCCCAGCUGAAGGAAGCGAAAGAGUACUGAAAACAACAAGGGCAGCAGUGUGUCUCCGGAGGGACGGGAUUAGUGUUGAGGAUGGAGACAGAGGAAACAAAAAGGACGUUUUUAUUUUUUUUCCAAAAUACGGCGAUCGCCGCCGCGAGCCCACCUCCGACUCAUAUUCGCCAACGGCAGUGAGAUGGUUAGAAACUUCACUGGAAUGGCUCUGACAUUAGUAACUUACACAUACUCGUUCACGUGAAGAAACUAGCUUCAACCCAUCAAAUGAUUGUGCACGGGAGGAAGAAGAAAUGCAUUUUUAAAAUCCUGUCGUCGCUGUCUUUUAUGGCCCUGGGCGUUAAUGAGAAACGUACUGGUUCUGCCCUCCACCAUUCUCUGGCUUAUUCAAUACGCCCAGCAAAUUCAGACUUUCUUUUUUUACUCCUCCUUGCUAUAUCUCUCUUGCCCUCAGUCGUUCUCUUGGUCUCUACCUGGUUCUUACUCACUGUAUGAGAAUUCCGGCUUUUCCCGCUUCCACUUCCCACUACGGCUAAGGAAAGUCUGGGCGUUCCGGAUCACCUUCCAAACAAAAAUCCAACGCAUCAUCAGUGACCUUCGCCUCUCUGAUUGACCCCUGCCUUUCUGUGAUUUGUGUGCGGUGAAGAAAGCUAAUUGAUCAGCGCAGGAUUGUCUCAAAACCUGAAGCCAACGUGGAUGGCUCCCACUUGUAGGAAGUUCAAAGGGUCAUUGUGGCUGGUAAUAUACAGAAAAUUGAAUUACCACCACUGGUUGAUGAUAUCAACGGGAGCUUCCUGAGUGCAAAUUGGCAGUUAAAUCUCUUGCAUUCCAGUAGUUCAAAGUAUUUCUUUGGCUGCAAAACACAUUUAUAGACUCACACAGCACAGAAAUUCUGAGAUUGUGGUCAGCGGUACAAAAAUGCGAUUCUGCUGUUGAUGUUUCUAUUUGCAUAGGUUGACUGAUUCUGUAUGUGAUAAUUCAGUCAGGCAUAGUUUCAAAUCAGAACUCACUGUUUACACUUUGAGCUAACGGAGGCACUUGAAGAUUACUUUAACAUAUGCUGUCUUCAGUCUUGCUUCACCAUGUAAUCCAAUACUGCUGCAAAAGGGCCCAAAAGUAAACAGUGAAUUUGUUUGAACUCCCUUUCAGUUAAAGUCUGCUUUAAGAAAAACAACCCUCUUUAAAUAAGAGUUCACAGCUUUCGAUGUCACAAACCAGACAGCUAAAUGAGAAUUCGCACAGUCUCCUGCUUGAAUUCAGUCUUUUCCUUGGACUGAUAGCUUAGAACCCCCGCCAGUAUCAGUCUCCUUUGCCUUCCUGUAUGUACAGGCUUCCACAUUCCAGGCUUUGGGAAGAGAGCAGUUCAUAUCUUUUAUGCCUUGACCUAGUGUCCUGCAGUGAGGGCAUUGUCAUUGUCUCCUCAACUUUCAAUCCAUAUAAAGAAAUGCAGACUGCCUUGUAAGGAGAAAAGAUCAAAACAUUUUAUUUUAAGUGAAACAAGGAUACAAAAAGGAAGCAGAUGAGAUACAAGCCAAGGAUGGAUCAUAUAGAAUAUUUUGCUGUCAAAACUCAGGUGAUAUAUGAAUAGGUCGACAAGUUAGAAGUUUAAGAAGUAUGACACGGAAAUGCAUGCGUCUUUCAGGAUCUGUGUUCCUCUCUGUUGUCUUUGACACUGAGCAUAGGAGUUGCUAGAUGAGUAAAGACCAAAUGUCACCCUGUCUACUUCCUACCAGCCAGAUGGGCAAUGUCAGCUCCCCCUUCCACUCCCUGGGCGACAUAUCCAUCCUGGGCUUCUUCCGGUGUCACAAUUAGACCACCCAGAAACUGGAUGAGCAGCACUUCGUAUUCCACCUUAGGACCCUGCAACCCAAUGGUCUCAAUGUGGGCUUUAUCAAUUUCAAAAUCUCCCCACCCCUGGCCUCAUCCCAUGACUAACCCUCCCCCUCAUCCCCGACUCCUUGACCUGACAUAACCUGUUCAUCUUCUCUCCCACCUGACUGACCAAUCCUGACCACUGCCUACCUCACCUAUCACCAUCCCACCUACCUUACCCAGCCCUACCCCUCCUCCCUAUUUAUUUCAGAGCUCCCUUCCCCCCCCCCAUUUCUGAAGAAGGGCCCCAACCCGAAACAUCAACUUUCCUGUUCUUCUGAUGCUGCCGGGCCUGUUUUGUUCCUCCAGCUCCACACUGUUUUAUCUCUAUGAGCCAGAUAGUUGCAGUAUAAAAUAACAAUAGAUACUUUGUUUGCCAUUGACUCUUAACCAUGUGGGAUAUCCUAAGGUUCUUUUCAUUUCUUAAACUUUAACAGUGGCAGUCUGCAUAAAUUAGCCUAAAACAAAGUGAGGCUAACUCCAAUGAUGGAGAGCUUUGGAAAUCAUUAGUCUAUAUUCAUCUGUUCUUUCAGCGCAACCACCACAUCACAUUGCAAAUUAUUCACUAACCGUUUCAUAAAUUAUAUUCUGAAAGAAAUCUAAGCUUCUUUCACCGUCUCUCAAGGUAGUCUGUUCCAUGAAUUGAGCAUGCACCGUCUCUAAUUUCAAACGUCUCUUCAAAAUUUUAUCACAGCACAUCAAAAGGCUUUGUGAAAGAAUGGAAUUAUCGCUUUUCAACCCAUCUCUUGGAAAUAUUAGGGAAUAUUUUUGUACCCUCCAGUUUCAAAUGCUUUAAAAGACACAGUAUUAUUAGUUACUAAGCAUUGAGCUCCCUAAAUCCUCUGAAUCGUAAAAGGUCUUUCCAAUCAAGCAUUGUGAGAUGAAGAAGGACAGAAGGAGGUCAUGUAGCCCAUGGCAAUUGUGUUGUAUCACACAUGGAACUGUCCCAUUGGUUGCACUCCCCCAGUCUUGUUCCGUAGCAUGACAAAUAUUUUUGUUUCAAAUAUUUCUCUAUUUGUUUGCAAGUCACUAUUGUAAAUCCCAAUUGGAUGGCUACAGUUCAGAGAAGAAAGUGCUGACUGGCUUCUCAACUGGGAAACGUUAAUUAGAAUUUUUUUUACAGCAUACCUGACGUCACCUGACCCCCAGCAUAACCUGCAGAUUAGUCCUUUGCAAGGAUGUAUGACUGAUCAGAUAGAAUGGUUCAGUCUGGAAAAUAAAUUCUUUCCUGAAGUGCAUGGCAGUGCAGUCAGUCAUUUCUUACAAAGAAACAAUUACAAAUACAUCAUUUUGGAGACAAUGCACGUGUAGAUGAGCAGAGAGAUCUCGGUGUCCAUCUGCACAGAUCCUUGAAAGUUGCCACCCAGGUUGACAGGGCUGUUAAGAAGGCAUACAGUGUUUUAGCUUUUAUUAAUAGAGGGAUCGAGUUCCGGAACCAAGAAGGGCCAAAGGGCCUGUACUGUGCUGUUAUGUUCUAUGAUGCUCAGCAUGUGUUUUUUUAAAAUACCUAAAUGCAAAGGGAGACUGAAUCACAGAUUGUGGUUCCACAAUAGAUGCAAACCAGAAUUUAAUUUAACAGCUUCACCUGACCCCUCUCAGUCAGGAGAUUGUUCACUCCAGCUCAGGUUGAGAACAGUAGGGUAUACUUCAGUGCAGUGAGAGUACAGAAUUGUCAGAAGUGCACCUUCCAUGUGAUGCAGCAAGCCAAGGAUCCACCUGCCCCUUCAAGGGCACAAAAAACAUUCCACUGUUGCAUUUAAGGAAGAGCAGGAGAACUCUGCUCCUGUCAUAGACAAUAUGUCAUUAUUCCAUUACUCUGGGUAAGUGAGUUGGUUUUAAAUUUUGCUUUAAUGAAACUGGACCCAACUGUAGGAAAUUUCUGAGAUAAUGGGAACUGCAGAUGCUGGAGAAUCCAAGAUAAUGAAAUGUGAGGCUGGAUGAACACAGCAGGCCAAGCAGCAUAUCAGGAGCACAAAAGCUGACGUUUCGGGCCUAGACCCUUCAUCAGAGAGGGGGAUGGGGUGAGGGUUCUGGAAUAAAUAGGGAGAGAGGGGGAGGCGGACCGAAGAUGGAGAGAAAAGAAGAUAGGUGGAGAGAGUAUAGGUGGGAAGGUAGGGAGGGGAUAGGUCAGUCCAGGGAAGACGGACAGGUCAAGGAGGUGGGAUGAGGUUAGUAGGUUGGAAAUUUCUGCCCUGUUUAGCAUUUUUAUACAAGCAGCUGAGGAUGAAGGAUAUUAGGGAGCUUUCAACUUGUCAAAAAAAAUUACCUUAUUGCCACAGUGGCUGAGAAUUUUCUGUUGUUAUCUCAGGAAAUUCAUGGUCCAAAAAUCUCUAAGAAUGUUAAUAUAUCAAAGAUUUUACUUAAGUCAGCAUGCUUCCGUAAAGAUGUAUCAAACAAGGUCGAUAGAGCUGCAACUUGUAUCCAUGAUUUGACAAUAUAAUUCAACUGAAAUCCUUGAUUAGAUUUUACCAUAAGUCAAUCUCAGAUAUCAGUUAUUCAAUAUAUUUGAACUCAACCCAGUCUGUAACCAACUACCAAGUAUCUACUGAUAAUGGGAACUGCAGAUGCUGGAGAAUCCAAGAUAACAAAAUGUGAAGCUGGAUGAACACAGCAGGCCAAGCAACAUGUGCUCCUGAGAUGCAUCUUGGCCUGCUGUGUUCAUCCAGCUUACACUUUGUUACCAAGUAUCCACUAUUUGUCAUGCAAAUUAUCUGAACCCCUCGAUUAGAUUCCAGCUGUUAAAAAAAUUGCAUCCAUUAUCGUACAUGUAAACCAUCUCAAUACUUUGAUUAAAUUCUGGUCUGUAACUCAUUCCCACGUAUCCAUUAUUUUGUAUAUAAUCCAUCUGAAUCUCUUGAUUUCACCUGUCUGUAACCCACUACAAAGGUAUCCAAAUCAUCUAAACUGCCUAAUGUGAAUCUGAAUCAUUCAAUUAUAUUCCAUUCUGCAAAUCAGUCCCAGGUAUCUAUUUUUCUAUAUAUAAAUCAUAUGAACUACUCAACUUGAUUCCAGUUUAUGACUCAUUCCCAAACAUCCAUUAUUCAAAAUGUAAAUUAUCUGAGACCCCCUCAAUUAGAUUCUCACACCCUUGUGUACAAUGCUCCCGUGUGAGUCAUUUCUAUUAUAUUAAAGUAUCAAUGAGUUAUGUAAAUUGAGCUUUGGAACCAAGGAACAGUUAUUGUGAUAGCGUUGGCUCUGUUAUCUUUCUAUGAAUGAAUGAUCAUUCUUUCAUCUUGUGCAAAUCACUUUGCAAAAGUCACUAUUCAUUUGGCUACAUCCAGCACUGCAUUCAGAACUCAUCUCCACACCAGUCUCAAAUCCACCUCAAGGUCCAACCGCCUGAGGAUAAUACUUUAAUUACUAUCAAAACUACCAUAAUGUUAUGGAUAAAUCUGACAUUGCAUCCUUACCACCACCACCAAACUCUGAUUUAUAGGCUUGUGGAUUUGAUUUGGUAAUGGGAACUGAAUCUUCAUUUUUAAAUCAACAACAAAAUCAGACAUCAUUUCCAUUGAAGUUGUGGAAUAUGAUCUUCUGUCCUAGAAAAGUCACAUUAAAGGAAUGCAAUCAGAAUACGUUGAGAGCUGUUUUGAAUUUGCUAUCACCCUCUGUUUUCAAUUUUUGACAUUCAGUCUUAGGGCUAUGCAUGUGGACCAAGGAAGAGAAUUAGGCCUUUAGUUAAAGAUGUAUUUAGUGGAUUUUUAAUUAUUUUAAGCCUAAGUGAGCCAAAGAAAUUAAAGGGGUUCUAUUUAUAAAAAGUUCAGCUCCAUUUCAUACAGAAUUUAACUUCCAUUUUUCCACUUAACACGGAAUUGUGGUCUUGCAUGCCACUGUUUUAUUCUAAAGGUUGUCCUCUGACCUCCAAUAGUUCUGUACUUUUCAACUCAUAAUUGCAAUCUUCAUGUCUGGGAGGAGGGAAAGAGAGUGUGCAAAAUCUUUCUAAACCCUGCUGGUCUUUAUGGGAAUAUUUCACACUCAGAUCUCAGGCAGCAUGUAUUAUGGAAUUGGCAAACACUUCUUUGAUGCUUCUGCUAGCCCUUCUGCAGUGGUCCUUAAUACAUUCCCACAUUCAGUUGCUAUAAUAUCUAGAACAUAGAACAGUACAGCACAGAACAGGCCCUUCAGCCCACGAUGUUGUGCCGACCAUUGAUCCUCAUGUAUGCACCCUCAAAUUUCUCUGACCAUAUGCAUGUCCACCAGUCUCUUAAAUGUCCCCAAUGACCUUGCUUCCACAACUGCUGCUGGCAACGCAUUCCAUGCUCUCACAGCUCUCUGUGUAAAGAACCCGCCUCUGACAUCCCCUCUAUACUUUCCUCCAACCAGCUUAAAACUAUGACCCCUCGUGUUAGCCUUUUUUGCCCUGGGAAAUAGUCUCUGGCUAUCAACUCUAUCUAUGCCUCUCAUUAUCUUGUAUACCUCAAUUAGGUCCCCUCUCCUCCUCCUUUUCUCCAAUGAAAAGAGACCGAGCUCAGUCAACCUCUCUUCAUAAAAUAAGCCCUCCAGUCCAGGCAGCAUCCUGGUGAACCUCCUCUGAACCCUCUCCAAAGCAUCCACAUCUUUCCUAUAAUAGGGCGAUCAGAACUGGACGCAAUAUUCCAAGUGCGGUCUAACCAAAGUUUUAUAGAGCUGCAACAAGAUCUCACGACUCUUAAACUCAAUCCCCCUGUUAAUGAAAGCCAAAACACCAUAUGCUUUCUUAACAACCCUGUCCACUUGGGUGGCCAUUUUAAGGGAUCUAUGUAUCUGCACACCAAGAUCCCUCUGUUCCUCCACACUGCCAAGAAUCCUAUCCUUAAUCCUGUACUCAGCUUUCAAAUUCGACCUUCCAAAAUGCAUCACCACGCAUUUAUCCAGGUUGAGCUCCAUCUGCCACCUCUCAGCCCAUCUCUGCAUCCUGUCAAUGUCCCGCUGCAGCCUACAACAGCCCUCUAUACUGUCAACGACACCUCCAACCUUCGUGUCAUUUGCAAACUUACUGACUCAUCCUUCAAUCCCCUCAUCCAAGUCAUUAAUAAAAAUUACAAACAGUAGAGACCCAAGGACAGAGCCCUGUGGAACACCACUCACCACUGACUUCCAGGCAGAAUAUUUUCCUUCUACUACCACUCGCUUGUCUUCUGUUGGCCAGCCAAUUCUGUAUCCAGACAGCUAAGUUCCCCUGUAUCCCAUUCCUCCUGACCUUCUGAAUGAGCCUACCAUGGGGAACCUUAUCGAAUGCCUUGCUGAAGUCUAUAUACAACACAUCCACAGCUCGACCCUCGUCAACUUUUCUAGUCACAUCCUCAAAGAACUCAAUAAGGUUCAUGAGGCAUGACCUGCCCCUCACAAAGCCGUGUUGACUGCACUUAAUCAAGCUAUGCUCUUCCAGAUGGUAAUAAAUCCUAUCCCUCAGAAUCCUUUCUAACACCUUGCAGACGACAGACGUGAGACUUACUGGUCUGUAAUUGCCGGGGAUUUCCCUAUUUCCUUUCUUGAAGAGGGGAAUUACAUUUGCCUCUAUCCAGUCCUCAGGUACGACUCCAGUGGAGAGCGAGGAUGCAAAGAUCUUCACAAGUGGUGAAGCAAUUGCAUUUCUCGUUUCCCAAAGCAGCUGACGACAAAUCUGGUCCGGGCCUGGCGACUUGUCAAUCUUAAUGUUUGACAAAAUUUUCAGCACAUCAGCUUCCUCUAUCUCUAUCCAUUCCAGCAUGCACACCUACUCUUCAAAGGUUUCAUUCACUACAAAGUUUCUUUCUUUCGUAAAGACAGAAGCAAAAAACUCAUUUAGGGCUUCCCCUACCUCCUCAGACUCCACGCACAAGUUCCCUAUGCUAUCCCUGAUCGGCCCUACUCUUUCUUCUCUUAUUCCUCACAUAUGUGUAAAAUGCCUUUGUGUUCUCCCUAAUCCAUUCUGCCAAGCCUUUCUCAUGCCCCCUCCUGACUCUCCUCAGACCAUUUUUGAGCUCCUUCCUCGCCUGCCUGUAAUCCUCUAGAGCUGAGCUUGACCCUAGCCUCCUCUACCUUACGUAAGCUACCUUCUUCCUUUUGACGAGAAGCUCCACCGCUCUCGUCAUCCAAGGUUCCUUUAUCUUACCCCUUGUUGCCUGUCUCAGAGGGACAUAUUUAUUCAUCACUCACAACAACUGUUCCUUAAACAGUCUCCACAUGUCUAUAGUGCCUUUACUAUGGAAGAAUUGCUCCCAGUCCAAGCUUGCUAACUCAGGGGCAGGAAUGGUUGCUGGAUGUUCCAGGGUUUAGAGCAUUCAAAAAGAAUAGGGAGGGGGGAGAAAAAGAGGAGAGGGUGUAGCACUACUAAUCAGAGAGGGUAUCACAGCUACAGAAGCUUCCAUUGUCGAGGAAGAUCUGCCUACCGAGUCAGUAUGGGUGGAAAUUAGGAACAGCAAGAGAGUAGUCACCUCGUUAGGGGUUUACUACAGGCCCCGCAAUAGCAGCAGGGAAAUUGAAGAAAGCAUAGGUCGGCAGAUUUUGGAAAAGUGCGGACGUAGUAGGGCUGUUGUAAUGGGUGACUUUAACUUUCCCAAUAUUGAUUGGAACCUCCUUCGAGCAGAUUUGAAUGGAGCUGUUUUUGUAAGGUGUGUUCAGGAGGGUUUCCUAACGCAGUACGUUGACAGGCCGACGAGGGGAGAGGCCAUUCUAGACUUGGUGCUCGGAAACGAGCCGGGGCAGGUACCAGAUCUUGUGGUGGGAGAGCAUUUUGGUGAUAGUGACCAUAACUGCCUCACAUUCUACAUAGCUAUGGAGAAGGAGAGGAUUAGGCAAAAUGGGAGGAUAUUUAAUUGGGGAAGAGGAAACUAUGAUGCGAUUAGACUCUGAAGGGAAAUGGUUGUUUUCCCUCCAUUUGCAACUGCCAAUAGCUUGCUGCUAUGAGGGAUUUCUCUCAAGGUCAUGCCUUGCCUCCAAGAUGAUGGAAGCUGAUUCCAGGGCUUGCAGAUGGAUCUGAUAGGUGAAUAUAAUUGCUGUGGAUUUAUCUGAGCUUCCCCUGCUCAAUGGAGAUUCCCCCAAUAGCUAUGUAAGCUACUAACACUGUGACGUUUCUGGCAUGUGCAAAACUGGGAGAUGAGGCCAAGAAAUGUUGGCUACGAUCUCAAGUCAGCACCCGUCCCUGGUCCCAGGCAGGGUGGCAGUAAAAGACACAAGGGCUCAAGAGCGAGCAAAUUAGGCACAGUCACUUGGUCACAAUCUAUGAUCCCCCGGACUACCUAAUGAAAAAUGAGCAGGUGAUGGGCUUAGGGGAGGAUAGGAUCCGGCUCUGCUAUGAUACUUCCCCUCUUCCCUAAAUGUUCAGACUUCUGAGCUCACCUCCAAAUAUGCCACAUCAAAUAAUGCAGAAUACUAAUUAAGAGGGCAGAAGCAAUGAAGUCAUUUGGCCUUCAACAUAAAUACCAGUAUUUCCCAGUUUUGAAGAAGAGUCCCCAGACUUGAAACAUUAGCUCUGCUUUCUUCCCAGGGAUGCUGCCAGAUCCGCAGAGCUUGCCAAUAAUUUGUUUCAGAUUUCCAGUAUCCACAGUUUUUAGUUUUAUUAAUUAAAUAAUUUUGGCUCUUUGAGACUUCUUGGAGUAUUCCUUGAGAAUUUAUUGCUCCAGAACUGAGGCACUUUACUUUGGAUUUUCCAUUUUAUUCUCUGUUAUUAUUUGUAAGUUAUGUCCACUGUUCUCGAGGAUUAGUUGCAAACAAAAUGCUGCAGAGAGUGUCAAUGUUUAAAGAAUUCUUUGCAUAAUGUAAGGACUUAAUAGCUUAUUGUAUUGAGUUUCUUGUACAGUAUUUAUUGUCUGUGUUUAAUGCUAAAGAAAUGAGAGUGAAAUAUUUUACACAAUUUAAGAUGCACUACUGUGAAACAACUUGUUUCUAAGGGACUUCUACAUGAAA